GACGACCCGCACCUCACAGAAACCACGAGGAGACUGUCGCAGAUGGGGCUAGAUCAGAGCACAGACUCGGGCGCCAUAGGAGGAACGGGGAACGAAAGUGAUGAGGUGAGAGUUGAAUUGGUCGAAGAGCAAGAGGAGGUGAUGCUGUGGCGACCCAAGCGAGGGUCUAUUAAGCUCCCUCAUGUAGACCUUGACCCUCCUGCUCCUCUUCUGGAACAAGUUUCGGGGUGA